UUACUUUUGGUUCUGCAGCCUACUGUGUAGUUGUUGUUGAAUCUGUUGGCAGGCAAGUUCCGAUUGCAUUUCUGGAGAGAGUUAAGGAAGACUUCAACAAGAGAUAUGGAGGAGGGAAGGCUGCAACUGCUACGGGCAAAAGCCUGAAUAGAGAAUUUGGGUCCAAACUGAAGGAGCAAAUGCAGUACUGUGUGGACAAUCCUGAAGAGAUCAGCAAGCUUGCUAAAGUGAAAGCUCAAGUUUCUGAAGUCAAGGGUGUUAUGAUGGAAAACAUUGAGAAGGUCCUUGAUCGUGGUGAGAAGAUUGAGUUGCUGGUGGAUAAAACUGAGAACCUUCGCUCACAGGCCCAAGAAUUUAGGCAGCAGGGAACAAAGAUGAGAACAAAGACGUGGCUUCAGAAUAUGAAGAUAAAAUUGAUUGUUCUGGGUAUCCUCAUUGGCUUGAUUCUCAUCAUCGUGCUGUCAGUCUGCCAUGGCUUCAAUUGUUAAUCUGCCUCGGAUUUCCUUUGUUCCAACACUUUUCUGCAAUGCUGACUCGAUUGUCUUGAUAGAUUGGUUUGCUUUACUUUGUUGUUUUAAGGUGCGCAUUUCUCCCUUUGCUUGCCAUAUAGUAGGAUAGAUGGAGACAUUGUAUCUUGUUUGAUUGUAUAGGUCAUAGACCUUGGUUCCAACAG